UCGGUCAGUUUCUUCCCGCGAGUUGCACGCGCGUGUCCUUCCGCGAGGAUUCGACUCGGUGUUGCUCUUUCGUCGAGGAUUCAACAGGAAUUAUCAGGAUAAAGGAGAUUUAUCGUUGAGGAUUCCCGCUGGACGGGGUGCUAUCAUCCGUCACGAUGCGCCGUCGAUGCACACGGUCGGUGCUUCUCGUAUUUAUAAUAGGGCUAUGUGUGCACGACACCCUUGCGAAACAUCAUCAUAUAAAAUUGAGACACGAAAGACAUCGUCGACAACAUGGAGAAAGUUAUCUGCCCAGCAGUUUCGUGCUGGACACGGACGAGCCUGAACGAGGAACGUGGGGACCAUGGUCGUCGCCCAGCUCUUGUUCCAGAUCCUGCGGGGGUGGUGUCGCUCAUCAAACCAGGCAGUGUCUCGACGUAGAUGACAGUGGGUACAGCAGGUGUACAGGUUCAACAAGACGUUUCUUCUCCUGUAAUAUCCAGGAAUGUCCAGGAGAGUCGAAGGACUUCCGAGCAGAGCAAUGCGCCGAUUUUAACAGCGUUCCAUUCGAAGGAGUGUACUACGAUUGGAUCCCCUACACCGGUGGGCCGAACAAGUGCGAAUUGAAUUGCAUGCCCCGUGGCGAGCGUUUCUUCUACAGGCAUAAGUUGAUGGUGGUCGAUGGGACACCAUGCGAAUCAGAGAAGAACGACGUCUGCGUCGGAGGGAAGUGUAUGCAUGUCGGGUGCGAUAUGAUGUUGGGAAGCGAUGUGAGGGAGGAUGCUUGCAGAGAAUGUGGCGGGGACGGGUCCAAUUGCAAUACCGUUUCCGGUUUAUUCGAUACCGAUGAUCUGCAAGCAGGAUACAUUGAUAUCAUCUUGAUUCCCGAGGGAGCUACGAACAUCGUGGUAAAGGAGAUAGAACCAUCGAACAAUUAUUUGGCGAUUAGAAAUACCUCGGGUUAUUACUAUCUGAACGGAAACUGGAGAAUAGAUUUUCCGCGUAGCUUGAAGUUCGCUGGGACCAUAUGCCAUUAUUCAAGAGAUCCUCAAGGUUUCUCGGCACCAGACACCAUUACCGCCUUGGGACCGACAAGCGAGCCAAUUUACGUGGUGUUAUUAUACCAAGAUCAUAACGUUGGAGUGCAAUACGAAUACAGUAUACCAAAAAGAAUUUCUCAACAAACUGACGCUGACAGCUACACAUGGAUAACCGAUGAAUUUUCCAGCUGCAGUUCGUCUUGCGGAGGAGGUUAUCAAUCGAGACGCGUAGCCUGCGUGAGAAGAAGGGACAAUCAACCGGUGGAUGAGAGCCUCUGUGAUCCACAGAUGGAACCGGACGACACUCAGGCUUGUAACACGGACCCUUGUCCACCUGUGUGGGUGGAGGGCGAAUGGGGUCCUUGUAGCAAGCACUGCGGGGAAGGAGGUGAACAGACCAGGGAGAUCAAAUGCGAGCAGGUCAUCUCUGGUGGAAUCCCUACGGUGGUAGACGAUAGUCAGUGUCUGGAGAAGGUGGGACCAAAAGGGCCGACUAGUCAGGAGUGUAACAAGGACGUGCCGUGCCCUCAGUUUCACGUGGGACCGUGGAAACCGUGCGAUCAUUUGUGCGGUCUUGGCAAGCAAAUCAGGAGAGUUACCUGCUACACGAAGGUAGAUGGAAAGAUUCAAAUACUAGAGGACUCGACUUGCGAAGGAGAGGUUCCAAAACGUGAGAAACCUUGCGAAUUGAGACCUUGCGCCGGCCUCGACUGGGUCACUUCGGACUGGAGUGGAUGCGACGAUAAAUGUGGACUGACGCAAGAGACAAGGACGACCCACUGCGCCACUAAAGAUGGUACCGUUUAUCCGGACGAAAAGUGUGACGCGAAAAAGAAGCCAGAAUUGAGCCGAGAAUGCGAGAGCACCAAGGAAUGCGAAUUCUUGUGGUUCACCUCUCAAUGGAGCGAAUGCUCAGCCAAAUGUGGAUCCGGCGUGCAGACGCGCAAAGUGUUUUGCGGAACGUUCGACGAUGAAACGGUGAAGAAAGUAUCGGAAGAAAAGUGUGACGCGAGCAAGAAAUUCAAUGACACGAAGAACUGUACCGCCGAGGAAGAGUGCAAAGGCGAAUGGUUCGCUGGUCCGUGGAGCAAGUGCUCGAAACCGUGCGGCAGCGGCACUAUGAGCCGCAAGGUGAUUUGCAUGAAGGACAACGUGACGGUCUCGACAUCUGCCUGCGAUGUCAGCACGAUCAUGUUCGCCACGGAAAAUUGCAACGAUCAACCGUGCGAAGAAGACGAGAUGAUACCAGUACAACCGGAUAAAAUCAAAGACCUCACCGAUGAGGAUGAAGAGUGCGAAGUGUACGAAGACGAAGACUUCGUGACGGUUUCUUCCACCUUUGCAGCUAGUGAUAAAUCCAGUGACGCAUCUGACCUGACGGAAGCAACUCCCUUGAGUUCACCAGAUACCGGCUCUUCCACUGCAAGCGACAUAUACGAUAUUAUGCUUGGCGAUGCUGGUAAAACUAGAGGCGACAUAUCUCCCGGAGAGACGGGAAGCGGCGAAGGAAGUGGCGUGGAUUUCACCGAUUUCCUCACUGGAACGUACUCGUCGGAAUUCGAGACCACCCUCGAAGGUAGCGGAACCGAUGAAACGACGGAGGAGGGUGAGAUCAGCACCGUAUCUGGAAUCACGGAAUCCGAGGUCACCGAAGAAACCGACGAGGGAUCGACUACAGAUUUUACGGAUAAAUCGACAGCCGAAACGGCGACCGAGGAAACCCUCCCUUCCGGCGAAACGGAUAUGACAACCGAAGCUGAUGUUACGGACUCGAGUGACUUGACUUCCGAAUCGCCAGAAUCUACAGUUUCCUCUGAAAGUGAAGCCACAGGGGGUAGUACGGUUUCAUCAGUGACAGAAUCGACAGAAACGGAAGUGACUGGUCCGACAGAGUCUACGGAAUCUGGUCCAACCACCUCCUCCUCGGAAACUGAGAGCACUGUUACUCAAGAAUCUGAAGCAUCGACCAUGACCAUGCUCGAGUCAUCUACCGUAGAAGGAACCACAGAAUCGGGCGCCACUGAAGGCACUACCGAAUCAGGACCCACAGAACUAUCAGUGUCCACGGAAGUAUCGGCCACCGAAGAAUCUACGGAAUCUGGAGCAACGACAGAAUCCGGGGCUACGACGGAAUCUGAAGCAACAGAAACUACGGAAUCUGGAGCAACGACCGAAACCACCGAAUCUGCCCUCACUGAAACUACCGAAUCUGGAAUGACUACAGAGUUUGAAAUGACUACAGAAUCUGGAAUGACAACAGAAUCUGGAAUGACCACAGAGUCUGGAAUGACUACGGAAUCUGGAAUGACAACCGAGUCAGUUGAAAUCACGUCGGAAGGAUCAACUGUUUCUGGAGAAACUACGGAAUCCGGAGAGACUACUGAAUCUGGAAUGACAACAGAAUCCGGAAUGACUACAGAAUCUGGAAUGACUACCGAGUCGGUUGAAAUCACGUCGGAAGGAUCAACAGUUUCUGGAGAAACUACGGAAUCCGGAGAAACUACCGAGUCUGGAGAAACCACGGAAAGUGGUGAAACUACAGUGUCUGGAACUACGGAAACAACCGUUUCUGGACUGACCCCGGUGACUGAAGAGGAAGAGAGUGAAAUGACUGAGAAAACGCACAUAUCCGAGAUCUGGACAACAAUCGGGCCAGAAGAGACCACCCGCAAGCACCGCGUGUGCAAGAUACCGAAAAAGAAGAAGACGUGCAAGAGUUCACCCUUCGGUUGCUGUUACGAUGGAAUCACUGCUGCAACGGGUCCGUUCGGUCAAGGCUGUCCCACGCCGCACACUUGUAACGAGACCAAAUUCGGUUGCUGUCCCGAUGGUGUAUCACCAGCCACAGGUCCGGAGAACCAAGGAUGUCCCGAAUCUCAUUGCGAAGAAACCCUGUUCGGUUGCUGUCCAGAUGAAAUCACUCCUGCUGAAGGCAACGACUUCGAAGGAUGCAAGAAACCGUGCAAUCAGACAGAGUUCGGAUGCUGUCCCGAUAGCGAGACACCAGCCAGUGGAAUGGAUAAUUUGGGAUGUUGCAACGUCACUGAAUUCGGUUGCUGUCCGGAUGGAAUCAAACCAGCUCCCGGACCGGAUGGGGAAGGUUGCGAGGAGGAGGUUACUUCCGUGUCGCCUGUCACUGAGGAAUACGAAACAACCACUGUACAGGAGGAUUGCGCGAACACUACCUAUGGAUGUUGUCCAGACAGCGUAUCUACAGCGACUGGGAUUAACUUCGAAGGAUGCGGAGUUAUCAAUACAGAGAAUUGUACCAUAUCGUACUUCGGCUGCUGUCCCGACGGCGUUUCACCAGCUCUCGGUCCCGAUAAUUACGGCUGCCGCAUGCCGUGCGAGAACACCACCUAUGGAUGUUGCGAGGACGGGCUCACCCCCGCCCACGGGCCGAACAGAGAGGGUUGCUGUCUCUCGACACCGUACAAAUGCUGUCCAGAUAACAUACUACCAGCGCGAGGUCCAAACUUCUACGGUUGCGGUUGCCAAUACACGAGAUUCGGAUGCUGUCCUGAUAACACCACAGCGGCACGUGGACCGAAUAACGAAGGGUGCGGAUGCAAGUACACCCCUCACGGCUGUUGCCCGAAUCGUUUCACCCCGGCCACUGGACCGAAUUACGAGGGUUGUCCGUGUUACACUUAUCAGUUUGGCUGUUGCCCCGAUGGCGUUACCAUUGCCAAAGGACCUCACGGACAAGGUUGCGGCUGCGAGAACACAGAGUUCGGGUGUUGUUCCGACGGCAGAACUCCAGCCAAAGGGUCAAACUUUGCUGGCUGCACUUGCGACGCCUCCAAAUACGGAUGCUGCCCCGAUGGAGCGGAAGAAGCACAGGGAGAGAACUUCGAGGGCUGUCUCACUGUUCCAUCGACUCCCGGAGCUGCUUGCGCCCUGGAGAGGGACCGAGGAUCUUGCAGAGACUUCACCAUCAAAUGGUACUUCGACACCGAGUACGGUGGUUGUUCGCGAUUCUGGUAUGGCGGCUGCGAAGGUAACGAUAACCGAUUCAAGACGCAAGAAGAGUGCAAGGAAGUGUGCGUGCAACCAAAAGGAAAAGAUGCUUGCUUCCUGCCGAAGAUCACUGGUCCCUGCGAAGGAUACUUCCCUACUUGGUACUAUGAUGCUGGUAGGAAACAAUGUGGACAGUUUGUUUAUGGUGGCUGUCUUGGCAAUGCGAAUAAAUUCAAGACUAGAGAAGAGUGCGAAGAACUUUGCGUUGUACCUGAAGAUUUAGACCCAUGCGAGCAACCAAAAGAACCAGGCCCCUGUCAAGGUAACUUCACCAGGUGGUUCUUCAACGCUGAAAGCCAGGCCUGCGAACAACUCAGGUACGGUGGUUGCAAAGCGAACGACAACAACUUCGCCACAGAAAUCGCUUGUCAUCAACAGUGUCUGCAACCAGGAAGACGACGAGUAAAACUGACAGACGUGUGCGCCUUGGAGAAUGAUCCCGGCCCAUGUUCGGGCACGGUGUUGCGCUGGUUUUAUGACGCCAAGCGUCAGAUGUGUAAACAAUUUGUUUACGGUGGUUGUAAAGGCAACGCCAAUAGAUUCCGUACGCUGGCUGCCUGUGAGCAGCGCUGCUCUGUUAAAGAGCAAGACACGUGUCUCUUGCCCGCGCUUUUGGGAGAAUGCCACAACUAUACCCAACGAUGGUACUACGACUCUUACGAACAACAAUGUAGACAAUUCUACUAUGGUGGUUGCGGUGGAAACGAAAACAAUUUCGUCACCGAACAGGAUUGUCUUAGUAGGUGUCAAACAACGAUUACUACUCCCACGCCGUCAAGGGAGAUCGAAUUUAGGCCAGACUUCUGUUUCCUUCCGGAUGAACACGGUCCCUGUUCCGAGGACCAAAUUAAAUGGUACUACGACAGUAGGGAAGGCGUUUGCAAACAGUUUAGAUACGGUGGUUGCCAGAGCAAUGGAAACAAUUUCAAUUCUCACGAGGAGUGCGAAUAUCGGUGUGGAGAUGUACAAGAUCCAUGUUCGUUACCGAAAGUCAUCGGUCCUUGCAACGGAAUCGUCAGACAAUAUUACUAUGACCACCGAGCUGACUCGUGCUACGAAUUUGAGUACAGCGGUUGUCAGGGCAACAAGAACCGCUUCCAGGACAAAGAAUCCUGCGAAAGCAAGUGCAAGAGAAGACCGAGUGGAACGGAAGCCGCAAAUGUCACCGUCACGGUUGCUCCUUCUGUCGAAGCCGUCUCCAAAAGUCCGAUCUGUUACACGCCUGUUGAUCCUGGCACUUGCAACAACGAUAUCGCUGCUUAUUAUUACGAUGCACAGAAUCAAGCAUGUCAAGCGUUCAUUUAUGGCGGUUGCGAUGGAAACGCGAAUAGAUUCCAGACGGAGGAACAGUGCGAACGACUUUGCGGAAGAUUCCAAGGAAAAGAUACUUGCAACCUCCCAGUGGAUCCAGGCGACUGCAGAGGCUCUUUCCACAAAUAUUAUUACGACCCGGUCAGCCGCAUCUGUCGCGAAUUUAUAUACGGUGGCUGCGAGGGCAAUGCAAACAGAUUCAGCACGAUGAACGAGUGCGUAUCGAUUUGCAUUCAUCACGAGGAACCUGUGCCACCUGGAAACGACACCAGCCUUUCGAGUUUGUCGAUUUGCAAAGAACCGGUCGACAUCGGGUCUUGCACUUCCGGUUCUACCAAGCGGUUCUACUUCGACGAGGAACAACAAACCUGUAGAGCGUUCAUUUACACUGGAUGCGGUGGGAAUCGUAAUCGAUUCAAGACAUUCGAGUCUUGCAUUACCACUUGCUUUAGCACUACCAACGAGAUCGACGUAGACUCUGGAAAGGAUACGAAGGAUCCUUGCGCGGAAGCUCGCGAGGAAUGCAGCAUAAUUCGUUGCCCUUACGGCAAGGAAGCCUUCGUGGAUGCUCAGGAUUGCGAACGAUGUCGAUGCGUUGAUCCUUGCAGGACACAAAUUUGUCCCGAUGGCACUAAAUGCGCCAUUAGUUUGACGGCUACCAAAGACGGCACCGAAUACAAGGCCGUCUGUAGAUCAGUUACGAAACCAGGUCGCUGUCCAAGGGUGUCGAACAGCACCAGAUGCGAACAGGAAUGCAUCACAGAUGCAGAUUGCAGCGGAGAAAUGAAGUGUUGCAACAUUGGUUGUGGCACUUCCUGUCUCGAACCCGCAGCAGAAGAGGUUCCUGUUACCUCGCCGAGGCCAUGGGUCACUUCACCUCCAGCUGGAGCGGAACCAGCGGCGAUCAAGCAACCGGAAGAACCGAAAGUUAGCGCGCAAGAGGGUGGACACGUUACUCUGCACUGCAUAGCUUAUGGAAAUCCGAAACCGACUAUCACCUGGAGAAAGGAUACGACGUUGAUUGGACCAUCGGAGAACAGACGUCGCAUACUGCUCGAUGGUUCCCUUCAGAUCAUCAAUCUGUACAGAUACGACGGUGGAACUUACGUCUGUACAGCUGACAAUGGUUUAGGACCACCGGUAAGAGCGGAAUACCAAUUAGUAGUUACAGAACCGCAAGAGCUAGCCGCUGCCAUCAUCGGGGAGUCUAACACUCAGCUCACGGUCACCAUGAACUCACCCAUAGCCCUUCAUUGCUAUGCAUGGGGUUGGCCAAGGCCGUUCGUCACCUGGUGGCGGGGUGAUCGCAUGGUGCCACUCUCCUCGGACAUCUACGAGCAGGAUUCCGAUUACACCUUGCUAAUUCGUUCGGUCACACUGUCGACGCUAGGCGUGUACACCUGUCAAGCUUUCAAUGCGAUCGGCAGAGCUGCAUCUUGGUCGAUAACGGUGCAAGCAAUCGGUCCCGUUUACAAUGUCCGACCCGAGUACGAGCAGUACUUGAAGUACCUAGUCGAACCCCCUAGGAAACCAGAGAGACCUCAGUAUCCUUACAGACCCAACAGAACUCAAACUCCUGAAUACCAGUUCACCUAUGCACCUGUAUCCAGAUCGACUCACAUUCCCACGGUUAGUCCUAUCGAAAGAACCACCAGUUUCGACACUGGUCACAGAUUCUUAGUACCUGUCACCGCGAACAUAACGAUAGGACAAAAUCAGUUCCCCGAAGGCAGUGAUGUUAGCAUCGCUUGCAACGUCGAUGGUUAUCCGAUUCCUCGUGUAUCGUGGUUCAAGGAUAACGAUUUGAUUCAUCCGAACAAUAGAAUUCAGAUUACCGAUUUGAAUAGACUGGUAAUCACCGACGCGAAUCGAGAGGAUUCUGGCAGAUAUCGUUGCGAAGCGGACAACGAUUACUCAUCAGCCUUUGCCUCAGUGGACAUACAAGUUGCUGGUAUCUUCAUUCAUCCCAAUUGCCAGGACAACUCGUUCUUCGCGAAGUGCGACCUGAUCGUGAAGGCCAGAUAUUGCACGCACAAAUAUUACGCGAAAUUCUGUUGUCGAUCGUGUACCGAGGCUGGCCAAUUGCCUUCGAGAGGUCCUCACCUGAGCACGUCUAAAAGGAGGCGAAGGCACAUCAUGAAAAUGCUUGUCUAAACGCUAAAUCAACGCCUCGUUGCCUCAAACGAGAGUGAUCCGCGAUAAUCGUGACGAGUUAUAAUUACGAUCGGACGAAACAUCGACUAAAUGCGAAAGAAACGACGACGAUCACACUGGCGAACGUGUACCGCAAUCAUCGUGACGUUAAUUCACUGCCAAAGCCUUAGAACGUCUAAUUACAUAGAUACGUUUAAUAUAUUAAGCAACAGCGAGAUGGAGGUGUACGCGAUGAAAUGUAUGAAUAGGAGGUUCCUUGAUUUAUCGUCGUCGUUUCUUUCGAGUCGUCAUCGGUAUAUAUACGAUCUGACGCUGAAUCCUAGUCGGUCGAAGCCAUAUUAGGCGGGUUAAUUAAUGUCCUGGGACGAGAGGAAGCGUCCCGAUCGCGUGUACCUCGACAGACACUCGAUCGAUACUUUCUGCUUUUCUUUUUCCCUUCGUUCUUUUUCCUUUUUUCAUCGACGUUCAUCAUUUUUCUCGCGUCUUUCAACUCGGCGACUGCGUUCUGGAAUUUAAUAACCAGGUAGGCCAAAUAUUAUUCUCACAGUAAUCAUUCUUUCAAUAUAAAAAUAAUUAGAUUUGUUGAUUAAUUAACAUCAUGAUCGAAUAUAAAAGAGUUUCGGGAGACAGACGGGUCAGGGGAACAAACAAGUCGCUGUGAAUUUCAGAAUUUCGCGUUUUCUCAUUUACAAGAUGCUUUCGGUAAGCAUUUCAUCUGUUCUUUAAUGAGAGAGGGAGAGAGGCGAACGAUCGAGGGAAACUUGUAUCUAUUUGUACGAAGCAUAUACGCACGUUACGUUGUACAAUAUGAAUAGUUUAUUACGCAAUACGCCAUUUAUAUACUCUGUAAUGAUGAUACCGUUGCUACUUAUUCCUUAUCGAUACUCGGACGUAUUAUCAUAGCACGAAUUACACUUCUCCAACAUGAUCGAACGACAUAUCGUAGAAGCUUCCAAGGAUGCAACGUUUGAACAAAAUUUCAGGAUAAAUUCCAGCGUUAUAUGCUUUUAAUAUAUUUUGUUGCAUCCUUCGCAGCAUCACUUGCAGCACUGUAUUCGAGCAGUUCUGCUUUUUAUGAUCGUACGAUCACAUGGGCAUAUUAACGUGUUGCAUUUAUAUAUUUGUUCCUGAACAUUUUAAUCGUAAUGUUAACUACGUACUGUUACUAUAUGUAUACUGUAUCAUCUAUCGUGAACCCUUGGACACGUUCGGGAGUAAGAGUGAACGUUGCAUUAAUUAUUCUUUGGAGCAAUCCUUCCUUUUUAAUCAAUCAGCAAUUUUAUAAUACUUAAUUUGACAAGUUCAGUGGUAGAACCGAAGGAGUGGAAGGUGAGUUCAAUACACUAACUUGGAACAAUAUUUUUUCUAUUAUUUUGUAUUAAUUACAGAUAUGACUUUAGAAACGACCUCUUAAUUCCGAACGUCGAAGAAAUGUCAGUAGCUGGUAGUGUAUCAGAAUUCCGAAGGGAAAGGUACCAAAAGCAUUUAUAAUUAUAUAUAUAUAUAUAUACAUAUAAACAUACACAUACAUAUACCGUAAGCGUAAGUUUUACUCAAUGAUGGAAAGAAUCCACGGAACCGUAGGAAAAAGACAUUCUUCUUUCGUCUGAUCGUUUCAGUCACAGUUAAUGACAGUGCCUUAUUAGACGCCCUUCGAAAGCGUCGAGGAAAACGAGUGCUAACUAGAACAAUUUACAUACAGAAGUACUUGUGUUAGUGUAAAUAUCACGUAGUGUACGCGCAGAAAAUGAGAAACAAACAAAGAAAUUCUAUCGACACGUUCGAUCGAACAAUUUAAUAGAAACGACAAGAUAAAAGAAAUAAAUGUGAAAAUGAUUUAGACAAAAUUGCGCUAAAUUACGUGUACGAAUUCCUCCGAUUUCGUCUAUUUUACGUUCGUUCAUCGUACAAAGACUCCUUCUUUUCUCUUAGAAAAGUUAGACGAAAAAUUUCGGGAAUCGUGACAAUCGCGGUACUGCUUUAAACAAGGUGCAUAUCAAUGGAUGAAAAAUUCGAUGUAGAUUUCUCAGUAAGAUACUUUGUAAGUAGAACGUCCGUGGAUCCUCUAUAUUUUCUAACGUAUUCAAUCGAAUCGGAGGAAUAUCGUGCGAUUCGAAGAAAAAGACGAAGCAGAAAGAAGAAAGGAAAGAUGUACCGUUCUCCUCAGUGCUCCCUUAGACGUGAUCAAGUUAGACACGACACGAUUAUUUAGUAAUUAACACGACUAUAUCUAGUGAUUGUAGAAAAUAGUUGGGAUAGUUUACGAAUGUAGAAACGAGUCGAUUCGAUCGUAAUCCCAUCGUUUAAUCUUUACAUUGCGUAAUUCGUUUCUUCAACUGUUCUUGAAAAUAUCAAUUUCAGAAGAACAAUGAUUUGUUCAUUUUCAACUUUCCUUUACAUUUUCAAAUUUUAGAAAAGUUUCUAAAAUAAUUAUAAUUGUAUAAUCAAGUUCCGCAGCGUAAAGAUUAAAAGAAAGAGUGGAAGGGAAACAAGGUACACGACGAACGUCAGUUCAGUAGAUUCUCUCUAUUCUAUAGUAAAUAAUUUAUAUUUCUACCGUGUGAUUUGAAGUCUGUACAAUGGCCCGCCAUCGCUUACCGUUACACUAGAGAUGUAUAUAAUUAACACUGUUAACGUGCUGUUUCGUUUACGACGUACCAUAUCGAAACUCCUUGUAAAGACUCGGUAGAAGUUCGUAGAAAUGGUCGUGAUCGUUGAUUCGACGAUUAAUAGCCAACACCUUCCGGGAAUCGGUCCAUUUUUGCGGUGAAAAAAAUAUUUUAUACGAACGUAGUAGAAAUUAGAUGAUCAUGAUAGAGAAAAAAGUAUAAUAAUUAAUUAAGUAGCGCAGAAUUUAACUUCCUUGCGAUUGAAAAAUAUUUUUAACAACGACAAGUUUUAAUCUUAAAUUUUUUAUUUAUUUAGCAAAUUGUUUAAACUGGUU